AAUUCGUUUAUAAGUCACCAAAAGUUCUUAACUUCCGUUCUUGGGAAACAUGCAAUUUUGUUAAUACCCGUUACUCCUUAAUUAUUUUGAAUGGAGUUAAAGGGGACGACUUUCCCCCCUUCCUGUCUCUUAAUUAUGGGCGAGUUCAAGUUAAAAAAACAAAAACAAAAAAAAACGCCAUUCUUAAAAGUCUCUUUAUGAAAAGCCACACAUUCUACUAUACUGUAGGAAUUAUAGGGUUACCAUGAAUCGUCUCGUCAUUGUCAGAAUCGUCAAGCAAAAUGAGACCACGCAUGGCCAUUCGUAGACAAACCAUUCUAUAACAUAUACUUAUUGCUACAAGAGAUGACAUCCAGGAGUACGAUAAAGGCGUGACGUCAAUCGAGUUAAAUCUUGUCCUCACAUGUUAUUUCUUAUAUACUAACUCUAAAAUUUAUUUUAAGUUCAUGUCCUUUUGUCUCGGUAAGACGUAUAUUCCGAGUAGAAAGUGUUAAAACAUGGAAUGUUUCACACCAAAAGAAUCCAAUUUCUUGAAAAUUGCUUAUUUGAAAAAAACACCGAAUGAUAAACAUUUAGAUGAGUAUUUCCUUUUUGAUAUUUACAACGAAGCUAUAUAUUUGGACUACCCCGAUAAACUGAAAGAACUUCUUGAACUUGCCAAUGGAAUGAAAUUGGACUUUCUACAAUUAUUCAAAAAUAAGCCGCGCAUGAAUGCUGAUCUAUCUCACAUUUCUUUGAUAUGCAAUCCCAAAAAUUACAUACUGAUUACUGAUUUUGGUGGAAUGAAUGAAUAUAACAGUGACUUGUGUGGAUUAUAUUUACUUUGGGCGGCAGACCGACUGUUAAACAUUGAUGAAGAAAUGAGAGAAGAAAUACAUGGUGCAUUUCUUGAUGAGGAGGAAGUCGAUAUUUCAUUCAAGUUGAGAUCAUACCAACUCUUCUGUCUCUACCUUCACUACAGGUAUGGAAAAAUUCUUCCCCCUUUCCAUUACGAACUUGUUUUUCGAAUUCUGUGGAGCUCCAUUCCGGACCCCUACAUCACCAUCGAGGAGUUCACCAGAAGCUUCAACUGGGCGAAACCACAGACCUUUCGGAAAGCCAUGAAAGCCUGGGACUGGUACUGCAAAUUGGUGAGAGAUCCUGACAGUGAGGGGAAAUGUCCAAGAUCAUUGCAGCAUCUGUCCAAGUGUAUCAUUAGACGCCAGUUGAAGGAGUGCUUUCAAUUGCCCAAGGGAGUCGAAAAGUUGGACAUUCCCAAAUGUCUAAAGCAAUAUUUGCUUUUAAGAGACGUUUCUUGAUUGAACUCAAGAACAAAACAAAGAUCUCAGAGUAGUUCUUCUGUCGGAUCUAAAUGUAGAAUAUAGCAGAUCUAAUACAGUCAUUAUUAUUAUCUUUUAUUAUUUUAUCUGCUUUAAGUGUUCGUUUUUUAUAGUUGUAGAAGUUGUGCUCAAAACUGAAGAGAUGGUCACAUUCACUCUUGUUUUUAGUUUACCACUGAGAGUUGUUUAUUUGAAUCAGUCCAAAACAUUUUUUUAAUGUAUUUCCUUGCGAUAUUAAUAAGCCUUCUUAUCUAAUUUCGUAAAAACAUAGAUUUCACAACCAUAAGUUACUAAAGAUCUUAUAACUCUUUUAUAAAUUUUGUAUUUAUUUUCCGUGGUAAUGAAUUUGAUCUAGAAUAAAUAUUUAUAUGAGUA